AUGCCCGGUCAAUUCUCCUUCUGGUCAGCUUUCACCGCUCAAUCCUACCCCGACGAGCCUAGCCUCAUGGAAGAGCUCGAAGUCAAUCUUCCGCAUAUCUGGUCCAAGAGCAUGACCGUCCUCAACCCUUUGCAUCGCUAUAGCCCAAAUCACCAGAGAGACGCUCACAUGAUGGAUGACACGGACCUGGCUGGGCCACUCUUGUUCUGCUUCGUCUUUGGCAUCUUGCUCUUCUUGGCCGGCAAGAGCCACUUUGGUUACAUCUACGGCGUGGCACUGCUGGGCAGUCUGAGCAUCUAUUUCUUGCUCAACGCCAUGAGCGACGAUGGUAUCGAUGCAUAUCGGGUUAUGAGCGUGCUGGGGUACUGUCUACUGCCCCUUUGUGGAUUGGCGAGUCUUGGGGUGCUGGCUAAGGCCGUGGGAGGCUCGUCAUUUCUCCCGCUGGUCACGCCCUUCUUUAUAUUCUGGUCAUCUUACUCGUCAAGCGGCAUCUUCGCGUCUGUUCUACAACUGAACGAGCAGCGCCUCCUUGUCGGGUACCCGCUCAUGCUGCUGUAUACAGCCUUCGCAGUCAUUGGCGUCUUUGGAGAGGAUGCGGUCAAGGCAGUGGGAGCAGCAAAGUAG